UUUAUAUAUGCAGUCUACUGAGCCUGUCAAUGUCAUUGAUUUUUGUUUAAUAAUUAAAUAGCUUCUUGUGUUUCUUUAAAGGCUUGUAUUUAACAAUUGCAUGUACUCGCAAACAUGGGCUUAGCCAAGUUGUCUAGAGAGGAUAUGCUCCCCACUUUGCAUCCGAAUUCGAAUCCACCUCCCCGUAGUUAGAUUAAAGUAGAAUAUCGCUAGUAUAAAAAUAAAAAAAUUGCACGUACCCAUUUUUGUUAUAACAGUUAUCCUAUUUGUAUUUAACAAUAGACUGUCAAUAGGCUCUACUACAACCCUGGCAUUUUUACAGUCCCCCGGGGCCAUGUGUUUGGUGUCACAGAUGUACAGUAAUUGUGGCUAUUACAUCAGCAAUGGCCACCAUUUAGAUGCAGUGACUAAGAAAACUGUGGCUUCUACUCAAUUUUCUAGUAGUGUCCGCUAUGAAAUGUUGGUCAGAUAUAGCCUACUUCUUGGUUCUCUAACCUUUUGUUUUUCCCUUCAUUUCUUACAUUUACCUUUGAAAGCAGCUUAUGAUGUAUUAAUAGCAUCAUCUUAUGUUAAGUAUUUAUUGCUCCCUAACUAAAGCACAAUGUGGAGAUUGGCAACGUUGGUGUGCUAGAGAUUAUUGUUUCCAAGUUUGGCAAAGUUUUAACUAACGACGUUAUUUAUGACUCUUGUAGUUGAGCAGGUAUUAGGAAAUGGAGUCUUCAAAUCCAGAAGGAGUUGCACUUCCUCCUCCUCCGGCCAUUAUCCCUCCAAAUGUUGUCCCCAUUGUAUCCGAAGACAAACGUCUCGAACUAAUGAAGAAAGCAUCAAAUCCAAAACGUGUUCCCAUGGCAAGGCCCGGUAUUGGAUCUAAAGGGCAAAGGAUUCCACUUCUAACUAACCAUUUCAAAGUGGGAGUGAACAAGUCUGAUGGAUAUUUCUUCCAUUAUAGUAUUGAUAUGCUUUAUGAGGAUGGAACCCCAGUUGGUGAGAAAGGCAUUGGACGAAAAGUUCUUGACAAAGUUAAAGAAACAUAUGGCUCGGAGCUGGGACAUAAAGAAUUUGCUUAUGAUGGAGAAAAAAGCUUGUUUACAGUUGGCUCUCUGCCUCAUAACAGACUCGAUUUCGUGAUCGUAUUGGAUGACAUCUCAUCAAUCAGGAGGACUUCAAGCGCCGGAGGCAGUUCCAACCCAACUGAUAGUGCAGGGGAUAGGAAGAGAGUUAAGAAGCAGUAUCAAUCCAAAACAUUAAAGGUGCAGAUCAACUUUGCUACUAAAAUCCCAAUGCAAGCAAUUGUGAAUGCGUUACGAGGUCAGGACUCGGAGCAUUUUCAGGAAGCAGUGAGGGUACUUGAUAUCAUACUAAGGCAGAAUGCAGCAAAGCAGGGUUGUCUCCUUGUCCGACAGUCUUUCUUCCAUAACAAUCAGAGCUUCAAAAAGUUGGGAGGAGGUGUACAAAGCUGCAGUGGUUUCCACUCAAGUUUUCGAGCUACCCAAGGGGGUCUGUCUCUGAACAUGGAUGUAUCCACUACAAUGAUCGUGAAACCUGGUCGUGUUCUCGACUUCCUCUCGGAGAACCAAAAUGUUAAGAGUAAUGAUCAGAUUGAUUGGAUUAAGGCCAAGAGGAUGCUAAAAAAUCUAAGAAUCACGGCCCAUCCCUCUAACAUGGAGUACAGAAUCACUGGAUUGAGUGAAAAACCAUGCAAAGAGCAGAGGUUCUUUCUGAAAACAAAAAACGGGCAGGAUGGUGAUGGAGAGGAAAUUACGGUUUUCGAUUAUUUUGCUGUCUAUAAACACUUACCAGUGCGCGAGUCAGCAGAUUUUCCAUGCAUCAAUGUUGGGAAACCAAAGAGGCCUUCUUACUUUCCAGUUGAGUUCUGUGACUUGGUUUCACUGCAACGCUAUACAAAAGCUUUAUCCAGUACGCAAAGGGCUUUGCUAGUUGAGCAGUCUCGGAAGAACCCCCAAGAACAUUUGACAGUUCUGCGUAAU